AUGGCUUCAAUAUGGAAUACAAUCACCUCGGCCCUCCCACUCCUCAUCUUCCUCGGUGUCGUCUACGCCGUGAUCCGCAUCUCCGGCCUCCUGUCCUCUUCCUCCGAACAAACCAAAUCCGACCUCAAGAAGCGCGGCGUGACGAUGGUAGAUGGCAAGCUGUCGGUCAAGACAGAUAGGCCCGCGCCGAGCAGGGAUGAGUAUAUUGCGUCGACACAGCGCGCAUUCGAGAGAGGGGCCAAGACGAUCGGAGCGCACCCCGAGGCGUUCAAGACGGGGCAGAAUGCCGAGGCGUCCGGUUUGAGCAGCGCCGUGCCCACUCCAGAGAGGAAAGGUUUCCAAAGAGGAAAGAAGCUCGCUUAG